GACAAAUAGUUUUUAAUUCAAUUCUAUCCACGAUUUCUGUAAUUGAUUUGAUGAGUGCGUGGUGCUAAUAAGUUUAUUACUUGUCUGAAUUGUAAUAUAAACGUAUAAUUUUGUUAUUGUAUCUAAAAUAUCCACGCCCCAAAAAUAAUUGAAAAAUUGAAAUUCCUUUGAAAUAGGAGGGUAAAGAUUUGGCGCCUCCUUUGACUCAAUAUCUUUAUAAAAUAUCACUUGAAUGUCUCCUGUGAAUAUUUCCUGGAUCCACCACUUGGUAUUUGCAUUUGCUGACAGAUGGAAAAGUAAACUUAAUAUCCCAGUUUUGUGUAUACAUUACUUUUGAGUUAUCUUUCUUUUGCUCCAGUUUCACGGUUUUAAAACAAGGAUUAAAUCCCACUCAUAAGCUAUUCACUGUCGUUCUUUGGUAUUGGGUUAAAUUAUUACAAAAACACUAUCUCGAAAAUCGUAACUUUAUCGCGGAAGUUAGAAACGUCGCAACAAAAGACGACAUUUUUUUUAAAAACCCCCGUCGAUCAAAUGACGUCUCAUUCCUCCAAGUAGAAAAGCUGAAUUUAACCAAACAAGGAAGUGAAAUGUACAAUUGAUAUGUACAGGAUUGUAUCCAGAGGAAAAACAACUGCUGUUUAACUACUGCGUGUGAUUGGUGUGUGUUUGUUUGUUUGCCAGUGUCGAGAUGGGAUGUUGCUAUUCAAAGGAAAAGAAGAAGGACGAUUUUGCAGAUAUCGAUAAAAAAGACGGAGGAGUAGAGCCGGCUGAUGGUGUUGAUAACCCGACAAAUCCCGACGCAGAAGAACCCUCCCCCACAGCAGCUGCAGGGAAGGGCACGUUAAGAGCCCUGUAUGAUUAUGACGCCCGAGCUGACGAGGACUUGCCCUUUAAAAAAGGCGAUCACCUCACCUUGUUAGACGACAGUAACCCUGACUGGUGGUAUGCAAAACGAACACAGAGCGGGGAAGGAAGAAAUGAAGGUUAUGUUCCGUCAAACUAUGUCGCAAAGGAUGACACUUUAGAAACUUACGAAUGGUUCGUCGGAAAAAUUUCAAGGAAAGAAUCUGAGAGACAAUUACUUAGUCCCGGGAACGUGUUAGGAACAUACUUAAUACGAGAAAGCGAGACCUCCCCAGGAAAUUAUGUACUGUGUGUCCGAAGUUUCCAGGAAGGGAAAGGUGAUAUAGUGAGACACUACAAAAUUAAACCUCUAGAUGAUGAUAAAGGAUUCUUUAUCACUCCACGAAGAACGCUUCCAAAUCUGCAGGAAUUAGUCAAACAUUACAGUGAAAAUGCAGACGGAUUAGGACAAAAACUGACAGAGGCUAGUGCAAAAACUAAACCAGUCAUAGAUCUGAGCAAGGACGCAUGGGAAAUUGACCGUGAAUCUCUACAAUUGACCAAGAAGUUAGGCGCUGGUCAGUUUGGGGAAGUAUGGAAAGGGAAAUGGAAUAAGCAGACGGACGUGGCAGUGAAAACUCUCAAGCCCGGCACCAUGUCCAUCGACGCCUUCCUAUUAGAAGCCAAUAUCAUGAAAAAAUGCAAACACGACAAAUUAGUGAGACUGUAUGCAGUUUGUACAGAUAAAGAACCAAUUUACAUCGUUACUGAACUGAUGUCUAACGGCAGUCUCCUUGAUUACUUGCGUGGGGACGAGGGAGGAGUACUGAAGUUCAUGCAGCUGGUGGACAUUGCCGCACAAGUGGCCAGCGGCAUGGCGUAUCUGGAAGGGAACAAACUCCUUCACCGAGAUUUAGCAGCUCGAAACGUGUUAGUUGGUGACAACAAUUUGGCGAAAGUGGCAGAUUUUGGUUUGGCGAGAUUAAUCGAAGAUGAUGAAUAUACCCCCAAGUCAGGUGGUAAAUUCCCUAUAAAGUGGACCGCCCCUGAAGCCGCGUUAUACGGUCGUUAUACGAUUAAAUCUGAUGUGUGGUCGUACGGAAUCCUGCUGGUAGAGAUUGUGACACGCGGCCAAACCCCAUAUCCAGGGAUGAUGAAUAAAGAAGUUUUAGAACAAGUGGACCGUGGCUACAGGAUGGCGAAGCCACAUCACUGUCCGGAUUCCAUGUACGAGAUGAUGUUGAAGUGCUGGGACAAGAAAGCGGCCAACAGACCGACAUUUGAGUAUCUGUCUGGCUUCUUUGACGAUUACUUUAUUUCCACUGAACCAAAUUAUAAAGACCCUGAUGACUAUUAAUUCAUGUUCACAAGUUUAUGAGAGAGAGAGAGAGAGAGAGAGAGAGAGAGAGAGAGAGAGAGAGAUUUAUUGGAUAUGUAUUUGUGAAUUAUACUCUCAAUUGCAACACAGUUUGGAUUUAUUGUUUUGUUUUAAAUGUUAUCGUAUCUACAAUAUUACUGAAGACUAUUUUUAUUGAUUGAAAAUUAAUUCGAGAUAUGCAUUUUGUGUAUUGACGUUUAAAUCAUGUUUUUGUUGUAUAUAUAUCAUAGUUAUUACACUGGACAUAUAGUUAUUGCAUUGAUUAAGUUGUAAAACCUUGAUGAAUAUGCAUGUGAGUUUACGUAUGUCACAUUAAUACAUCUACAAUGGAAGGAGGAUGGAUGGAAUGGAACUUUAUUUAGAAUCAGACAUUGUAAAUUAUGAUUAUAACUUAAUAAAACACUAAAACCCA